AUGUCGCUGUGGGGGGAGCCGCUGCAGGCCCCGCCGCCCUCGGCCUCGCAACCGCCCCCGGCCGCGCCCGCGGUGCCGCCGCCACCCCCGGCCGCCAGCGCGACCCUUAACCGCCUGCGGGAGCCGUUACUGCGGAGGCUCAGCGAGAGCUUGGACCGCGCGCCAGAGGGCCGGGGCUGGAGGAGGCUGGCCGAGGUGGCGGGGAGCCGGGGCCGCCUCCGACUCAGUUGCCUGGACUUGGAGCAGUGUUCUCUUAAGGUGCUGGAGCCUGAAGGAAGCCCAAGCCUGUGUUUACUGAAGCUGAUGGGUGAAAAGGGUUGCACGGUCGCAGAACUGAGUGACUUCCUGCAGGCCAUGGAGCACACAGAUGUCCUCCCGCUUCUCAGCCCCCCGGGAAUAAGGAUCGUUGUAAACCCAGAAUCAAAGGCUGUCUUGGCUGGACAGUUUGUGAAACUGUCUUGCCGGGCAACUGGCCAUCCUUUCGUGCAGUAUCAGUGGUUCAAAAUGAAUAAAGAGAUCCCAUGCGGAAAUUCUCCAGAACUCGUUUUUAAUGCCGUGCAUGUCAAAGAUUCAGGCUUUUAUGUCUGUCGAGUUAACAAUAACUGCACCUUUGAAUUCAGCCAGUGGUCCCAGUUGGAUGUGUGUGAUGUCACAGAAGGUACAGAAAGAAGUGUGGAUGGCAUCUGUGAAUCCAAGUUGCAAAUCUGUGUUGAACCAACCUCCCAAAGGCUGAGACUAGGCAAAACACUGGUUUUACAAUGCGUGGCUAUUGGGAGCCCGAUUCCUCACUACCAGUGGUUCAGAAAUGAAUUGCCUUUAAUCCACGAGACCAAAAAGCUUUAUGUGGUGCCGUGUGUGGGUCUGGAACAUCAGGGAACCUAUUGGUGCCGUGUGUCCAGUGACCGAGACGCCCAAGCCAGCAGGAGGGUAGAAGUGAUCAUAGGAAGAACAGAUGAGGCAGUGGAAUGCUCGGAAGAUGAAUUAACUAAUCUUGGGCAUCCUGACAAUAAAGAGGAAACCACUGACCAGCCUUUGGCGAAGGACAAGGUUGCUCUCCUGAUAGGAAAUAUGAACUACUGGGAGCACCCCAAGCUCAAAGCCCCUUUGGUGGACGUGUAUGAGUUGACCAACUUGUUACGACAGCUAGAUUUCAAAGUCGUCUCGUUGUUGGAUCUCACAGAAUCUGAGAUGCGCAAUGCUGUGGAUGAGUUCUUACUCCUUCUAGACAAAGGAGUAUAUGGAUUAUUAUAUUAUGCAGGGCACGGCUAUGAAAACUUUGGAAAUAGCUUUAUGGUCCCUGUUGAUGCUCCGAAUCCAUACAGAUCUGAAAAUUGUCUCUGUGUGCAGAAUAUACUGAAAUUGAUGCAAGAGAAAGAAACUGGACUCAAUGUGUUCUUGUUAGAUAUGUGUAGGAAAAGAAAUGACUAUGAUGAUACCAUUCCAAUCUUGGAUGCACUGAAAGUCACUGCCAAUAUUGUGUUUGGAUAUGCCACGUGUCAAGGAGCAGAAGCUUUUGAAAUCCAGCAUUCUGGAUUGGCAAAUGGAAUCUUCAUGAAAUUUUUAAAAGAUAGGUUAUUAGAAGACAAGAAAAUAACUGUGUUACUGGAUGAAGUUGCAGAAGAUAUGGGUAAGUGUCACCUUACCAAAGGCAAGCAGGCUCUAGAGAUUCGAAGUAGUUUAUCUGAAAAGAGAGCACUUACUGAUCCAAUCCAGGGAACAGCUCACUCUGCAGAAUCACUGGUGCGGAAUCUCCAGUGGGCCAAGGCUCAUGAACUUCCAGAAAGUAUGUGUCUUAAGUUUCAGUGCGGUGUUCAGAUUCAAUUAGGAUUUGCAGCUGAGUUUUCCAACGUCAUGAUAAUCUAUACAAGUAUAGUCCACAAACCGCCUGAAAUUAUGAUGUGCGAUGCCUACGUGACCGAUUUUCCACUUGACCUAGACAUUGAUCCAAAAGAUGCGAAUAAGGGGACUCCAGAAGAAACUGGCAGCUAUUUAGUCUCACGGGAUCUUCCCAAGCACUGCCUCUACACCAGACUCAGCUCACUGCAGAAGUUAAAGGAACAUCUGGUCUUCACAAUUUGUUUGUCGUACCAGUAUUCAGGAUUGGAAGAGACUGUAGAGGAAAAGCAGGAAGUGAAUGUCGGGAAGCCUCUCAUUGCUAAAUUAGACAUUCAUCGAGGUUUAGGAAGGAAGACGUCCUUUCAAACUUGUCUCAUGUCAAAUGGCCCUUACCAGAGCCCUGCAUCCAGCCAGGGGGCAGCUGGACACUAUUGUUCUUCUCAGGAUUCAUUCCAUGAUGUUUACCACUCACAUGCUGGCAACUCAGGUCACGCUGUGCCGUCAGAUAGUUGUCGUUGUAGUCGGACCCCAGACCCAUUUAUUUCAAGUUUCCAUGCCCACCAUUAUUCAUCCCAGUUUGGUAGAAGUAACAUCCCUGUAGAGACAACUGAUGAAAUACCGUUCAGUUUCUCUGACAGGCUCAGAAUUUCUGAAAAGUGA